AUGGCUUCACGCCAGCUCAUCAGUGGAGAUAUAAACAGAUUUCCACGCCAGCGUGAUCCCCGUGCCUCAUCCUCUCUCUUCGAUCAAUAUGGUGGCGACUCCCGCCAAGCCAGCAGGUCGCCUGCUCAACAACCUGGUGGAUACGGGUAUGGUGGCUACUCCAGCCCAGGAUCCAAUGGUUUAGCGAGCAACGGUGCAGCUGGCGCAAGAUAUCAAACAGCCUCGCCCGAUAAGAAGGGACACUACUCCGACGCAGUUCUCUCGUCUCUUGAGUCACAAAAUGACGCUGAAGUUGAGGGCAUCAGUGCCAAGGUCAAAAUGUUGAAGGAUAUCACACUAGCCAUUGGCGAUGAAAUUCGAGACACUGCACACAUAACCGAUCUCAACGACUCUUUUGACAAUACCCGGGUCCGACUCCGUGGGAAUAUGACCCGUAUGCUUCGCAUGGCUGAAAGCACCGGCAUCGGCUGGCGAGUCUGGCUCGGUUUCUUCUUCGUUGUCUUCCUCUUGUUCUUCUACGUCUGGAUAUUCUGA